CAAGCUGGAUUUCAGGAAGGCUUUAGGACUACAGACCAUAUAUUUACUCUAAAAACACUCAUUGAUAAAUACCGAAGUAAAAAGAAAAAAGUCUAUGGCUGUUUUGUUGAUUUCAAACUGGCAUUUGAUUCUGUUAAUAGACACAAACUAUUCAACAAAAUUGCAUUAAUGGGAAUUACGGGCAAUAUAUUAAACAUAAUCAAGUCCCUUUACUCAAAUGUAACUUAUAGUGUUCAAACUAAUAAAGGCUGUUCAAUGCCAUUUCAUUCAAACAUUGGAUUACGGCAGGGGUGCAUCCUAUCACCAACCCUUUUCAAUAUGUUCAUUAAUGACUUUGAAACAUAUGUAGCAGAUAUUGAAGGUAAGGUAUCACUUGACAAAAUGUCAUUUAGCCACAUGUUUUUUGCAGAUGACUUACUUCUGUUAUCAGAAGAUCCAGAUGGCUUACAAAAUCUCCUUGGGCAACUCUCCAAAUAUUGCAAAGAUAAUGAUCUCAACACUAAUAUAAGUUAUUUUUGGGCCGAUGUUUUCAGGAAAGACGACUGAAUUAAUGAGGAGGAUGAAGAGAUAUCAAAUUGCCAACUACAACUGUCUGAUUAUUAAAUACUCGAAGGAUGACAGAUAUGACAAGGAUGGGAUAGCUACUCAUGACAGACAGACCCUGCCAGCUGUGUCCGCGGAGGAGCUUAGCACACUGUCAACAAAAGCAAUACAAUAUGAUGUGAUAGGGAUCGAUGAAGGACAAUUCUUUCCCGAUGUGGUUGAAUUUUGCAAUCAACUGGCAGAAAAAGGCAAAGUUGUGAUUGUUGCGGCUUUGGAUGGAACCUUCCAAAAACAGGGAUUUGGGAACAUUCUAAAUUUAGUCCCAGUUGCAGAACAUGUGACAAAAUUAACAGCGGUGUGUAUGACGUGCUACAGUGAAGCUUCAUUUACAAAGCGAAAGGGAAGUGAAACAAAGGUUGAGGUGAUUGGAGGGGCUGACAAGUACUUGGCUGUGUGCCGGAUGUGUUUCCAGAGUCCAGAGAAAGAGUCUCCACGGAAACGGUCACCACUCAGAGAGAUCAACACUUCACUACAAAGAUCCUUGCAGGAGAAAAACGCUGCCAACCGAAAACUGUUCUUACCAACCGAAAUAAUGCACUGAUCACUCACUAAUGUACAGUAGAAUCUCGAAGGGUCAAACUCUGAGGGGUCAAAUACACCGUAAUUCUUGAACCAAAAACGAAGUCCCAAGCAGGGUUAACUCUGGGUGUUAAGAAAAUUUUGCCAAAUUAUCUAAAAGAAAAAGAGCAAAAACUUUAGCUAUUUUCCAACAAAAUACAAAUAAUUACACAAGUUGUUUUUGUCAAAUUAAAAUAAAAUUCUCCAAUUGUUAUCAAAAUUCGCAAUUGUCGAAUUUGGUGAGUGCCAGAGCUAUCCGUGCCAAGUUUGAAUGUUAGGGUUGAACUACACAGUGGAUCGAACACUUUGUCUAGCACCGACGGGAUCAGAACCAACGGGAUUCAACUGUAUUUUAGUUCAAACUAGGUUAGUAAUGGUUUUAGCUGUGUAUAUAUAUAUAUAUAUAUAUAUAUGAACAUGUUUGCAAAUCGGGGAAGAUUUUGUAUUUAAAAAUUUUCAUUAGUAACAAUUUGAAAAUGUAUUGCAUCUAGUGAACUACUGUUUAAUGUUUUAGAAUUGCAUGGCAAUCUCUGAAACUGGCAUCUAGCUAAUUCAAUUAGCCAUGCAAGUUUUAGAGAUUGCCAUACAAUUCUAAAAUGUUAAACAGUAAUUGAGAAGCAAUUCUGAAUAAAAUGUUCUUAGAAAAUACGUCACCAAACAUAAUAAGUAACUUUUACAGUACAUAAUCGCCAUAUUCAAGUUUACUUUGCCUGUGGUAAAUGACGGUCUAUACCGUAAUAUGUAGAUCUAGGAGUGAAUCAGAUGAAUUUAAAUGUACGUCUUGUACAUUGGUAUGAAGUUGCAUGUAUAUUCUGUCAUUAAUGCUUUAAAGAUAUUCAGUGGAUGUCUAUGUCCCUAUUUUGUGUGUGACUGCACUGGAAGCAGAAGCAUCAUAAUUUGCUUGUGUAUUUUCAGUUUUCGACUGCAUGUCUUACAGGCUUUAUACGGGUCGUGGAAAUGCUGUGAAGUCUGUUUAGAAUUUGCAAAUGUCAUUUUCCAGUCCUGGAAUGUUGAGUUAGGUCAUAGAAAGUUAAAUUGUGAAAACGAAAGUGUUGUAAUAAUAAACAUUUUGCAAUUUAAAAUAUCGAAAUGAUUGACAAUUUGCUUCAAAUCAUUGUAAUAUUAAACUACGGUAUGUUGAUGAUAGUAGAAAAAUCAUUGGAAAUUUAAAAAUAUAAUACUAGAAAAUGCUGUUGGGAAGUCGUGGAACUUUAUAUAUAUUAUUAGUUACGUGGUUUUUGCCAGGGCGUACGGGAUUGUACGCCCUGGCAAAAACAGCGUAACGAAUUUAUUACCUUUUAGAUAUUUUUCAAACAUUUUGAACAAAUCACACAAAGAUUUUUAAGGUUUAAAAUAGUUUUUGUAAGAUAAAAUUUCAAAUAAAACACAAAAAUAUUAUUUUUUAAAGGAAUGCAGCUUUAUAUGAAUUUUAGAAAUAUACUAACAUUUUUUAAAAACUAUUUAUACACCAAGAUAUGCCAUUUACCAGAUAAUACUAUAGAAAUUAAAAUGCUAUAACUAACUGAAAAUAUUUCUACUUUUAUCAGGGUAAUACAAAUCACUAAUCUAGAUUUAACUACAAACAUUUUUAACUUUAAUUCUUAAUUUAAGUGAAUUAUCCAACUUGAUUUAAUAUAUAUGAAAUUUUCAACUUCUCUUAUUAAUGCAGAAAAUGUUAAUAAAUAGCAGAAUUUUUUUUUUAUUAUUAUUCUGUCGGAUGUCAGUUUUUCUUUGCUGCUUGUGUGUUGCUUGGAAUGCUGUUGAUUCUUUUUUGCAAUAUUUCUAAUUCUGUAUGAUUUCCGAAUCGUUUAGCCAUUGUAGCGAGCUGUCAAACGCAGAUGAUUUGUAAACAAAGGGGGGCAACUCUUAUCACCUUAAUGACCCGGGUCUUGUCAAUUUAUAAAUAAAAAUUAUUACACGGAAAACUACCAAACAACUGAUUACACUCGGGCACAUAUAUAUUUAUCAAACUAUACUUACCCGUAUAACAUUCCAAAGAAUGCAUGUCAUGCUUUUUUCAAAGAAAUAUUUUUCUUGUAGUUCGGUCGCCUACACAGUGAUAGUUCCCGCCAUUAAAUUUACAAUGCAGUAGCAUGAGUAUGCGAAUAUUAACGAUUUUCUAUAUUUUUUGCUUAUAACAUGUUCAAGAAAGUAUGUAUUUAAAAAUAAUAAAGUAAUAAAAAAAACCCACCAUAAAUCGCAAUCUCUUUCAAACAGAAUUCAAUACGUAUUUCCUAUUUUAAGAGCUGAGGCGCGAGAGUGAAAAAACAAAACGAUAACAAUUCUGCCGAACUUACAAAGCGGAAGUCACGUGACAUUUUGUAUUGGUGCCCAAAUUCUGUAUUGACCCGGAAAAUGACACGGUGUACCUGUUGUAUGGAUUAGCUAUUAACCAAUCAAAUGCAUGAAAUUUAUCUAAAGGUAAUAAAUAUAUAUAUACAGCCAAAAAGAUAUAUAUUGCUGGUCUCUGCUUAGCAUGCACAUAAAUUUUGAUCUUGCAUAUCAAUUGUUUUAAAAAAUUUUUUUAAUUUACCACACUAUCUACGCCAGCUGCACCUAUAGCUGAAAUAAUGCCAUGCUGCCCUCACAAAAUAAUAUUGUGAAGUACCAUGACAUUUUGGGGUUACGGUCAUUAAAGUUGCUUUGCCUAUAUAAAGAAUGAGAAAGAAAGCAUUUAGAGUACCAAGGCAAAUGAGGGUCCACCAUGACCAAUGAGGGUCCACCAUGACCAAUGAGGGUCCACCAUGGCCAAUGAGGGUCCACCAUGGCCAAUGAGGGUCCACCAUGGCCAAUGAAGAUGGACCAAGGCAAAUGAGGGUCCACCAUGGCCAAUGAGGGUCCACCAUGGCCAAUGAAGAUGGACCAAGGCAAAUGAGGGUCCACCAUGGCCAAUGAAGAUGGUCCAAGGCACAUGAGAAUGACAUGAAAAGAAAUAAAUGUACUUGUCUGCGGUCCCCAUCUACCUUUUUUGUCCAAUCCAUGCAUUAAAAAAACCCC